AUGAAUGAUUGUGAUAGUUCUGAUGUUCAAAGAUUGUUCCCUACUGUUGUUUAUGAUAAUGAUAAUUCCAAAGUUAUUUGUCAAGUUUCCAUUAAAGAGAUUAGAACUGCUGUGAAACAAUUAGGUUCCCAUAAAGCCCCGGGACCAGAUGGAUUAAGGCCUUUGUUGGAUAAGAUCAUCUCGUCUAAUCAGCAUGCGUUUGUCUCUGGGAGAUCUAUUUUCGAUUCUACUGUGAUAUGUAAUGAAAUUGUGCAUUCUUUUAAGAAAAAGAAAGGGAAAAAGGGUUGGAUGGCCUUGAAAUUAGAUUUUGACAAAGCUUAUGAUAGGGUUCUAACCAAUGGUUCUCCUAGUAAGAGUUUCAAUCCUUAUAAUGGUUUAAUACACAGGGAUCCUUUGUCUCCAUUCAUGUUUAUCAUUUUCCUGGAAGCUCUAUCUAGACUCAUAAAUGAGAGAAUGAGAAAUAGAGAAAUUAUUGGUAUUUCUAUGGCCACGGGUGCUCAUGUUAUAUCUCGUUCGUUGUGGUCGGGUCAGAGAAUAAGUGAUACGAAAUCUACUUUGCUUACUUAUGCAAAUUUGGGGAGAAUUUUCUCAAGAGGUAUGGCAGCUUCCCUUAAGGUUCAGGUCACACAAGAUCCAGCGAAUAGAAUGCAAGGAUGGAAAAGCAAGACUUUGAACAUGGCAGGUAUAUCAACUUUAAUUAGAUCCGUUCUUGACCCUGUUUCAAAUCAUGUGAUGUCAAUGCUUAAAAUCCCCAAAGGCCUUUUAAAUAGAUUAAACAAAUAUAAAAAGAAUUUUCUUUGUGGAGGUGACAAGGACAAGAGAACAUUGCAUAAAUUGAGAUGGAUAAAAGUUUGCUUCCCUAUUGAGUAUGGUGAGAUUGGUAUUAGAGACCUUGAGCUUAAUAACCUGGCUUUGUUGGCGAAAAUGGCUUGGAGAGUCUCCAAUAAUCCUGAGUCAGAUGUUUCCUCUCUUCUAAAGGUUAAGUAUUACCCGGAAACGGACUUUUGGUGUUUUGGUACUAAGAGUAAAUGUUCUACCAGUUGGAGAAGUAUCCUUAGUGGACGAGAUGCGGUUAGAGACUGUCUUAGGUGGAAUAUAGGAAAUGGCAAUUCUGUGGACUUGUGUAAUGAAUCUUGUUUGUAUAAUUUACCUAUUUCUUCCAUUGCAAUCGAUAAUAAUAUGCAUCUUCCUAAUAUUAAGGUUAGAGGUAUUAUGAACAUGCAAGAAAGAUGUUGGAAUUUAGAGGAAAUUGAUGCUUUUAUCUCUGAACAGGUGGCUGGGGAUAUUAAGGCUAGGCCUAUUGCAGGUGGCGAGGAUUUGGUAGACAAACUUUUGUGGUCUGAAAAUAAAAGUGGUAUUGCCACGGUUAAGGAGGCUUAUAAUUAUCUUAUCUCCAAAGGAGAAUUGGGAGUUUCUGAACCCAAUGCGGAUUGGAGGGUGGUAGGUCCCUUAUGGAGAAAGGUGCAGAGUUGGAUUGGGUUUCAACCUGUUGUUGAUCACAUCUCACCCACAACUUUGAAGAACUGGUGUAACUUUGAAGGCAAGAUAGCAGGCAUUGAAUGGAAACAUUUAAUGCCUUUUGUGUUAUGGUCGAUCGGGAGAGGAAGAAAUGAUUGUAUUUUUAGAAGGAUUGCUUUCCAACCAAAUAGGGUGCUUGCCAAAGCUCUGAAGGAGGCUAGAGAGUUCAUUGGGUUUACUCAACGGAUGACAAAGGAUCAACAAAGAACUAUUGAAGUACCCGUCCUUUGGAUCUAUCCUAAACAAGAUUAUGCUAAAAUGAAUUGUGAUUGA